AUGAGCAAUGUCGCUGUUGCCGCUCAUAUGAAAACUGAAGCAAUAACUGAACAUUGGUUCGGAGAAGAAGCUGAAGAAAGAGUUAAAUUUGUUUGUGAAAAUCCAUUAGAUGUUGUUAUUCCUUUCACAAUCUCAUUUGAAGAGCUCAAAGGUAUGAUCUGUGAAAAGAUUGACUCUGAGAGGGCAAGAAAAAUAUCUUGUAUUCUGUACAGAUAUCCCAUAACGGUGUUUGGUGGAUUCUUCCAAUUUCAAACCAAAUAUGUGAUGGACGAACCGAGCAUGCAAGAGAUGUUUUCGAUGUAUAUUGAAAACCGGGGUCAGAUGUCGUUCAUCGAGUUGUAUGUUGAGUUUGAACAGUCUGAGGCCGAUCGGAAUAUUUUACAAGAAGAUUACAAUAGUGACAGUGAAGAAGAAUUCGAAAGCAACUACGAAGUUGUUGGACCAGACGUAGAUGAAGAUCAAGGUGACGGAACUAUGGCUCCGGAUGUGACAGAGGUGGCAAAUGCACUCGCAAACGAAGGGCUGUUUGAGGAGCCUUCAUUCAUGCGAGUUUUGGAUUUGGAAGCCAUGCAUGUAGCGGAGUUUCCGGAAUAUAUGAGUGCAGAAAUUCCUAUUGUCGCAGAUGGUGAAUUUGCCGUUGGUAUGGAAUUCAGUUCCAGGGAAGCAGUUAUCAAGGCGAUAAAAGAGUAUAUCAUACGACGAAGUGUAGACUACCGGGUGUACAAGUCUGAGCCGUUGACAUUUUAUGCCAAGUGUACACAGUAUGGGUCAGGAGGCACCAUUUCACAGGAUCAUUCGAAGCUGGAUUCUAUCACAAUUGCAGAAGCAAUAAAGCCGUUGGUUGAGGCUGACCCCUCCUUGAAGGUAAAAUCAGUGAUAGAAGAAGUGCAAUCGAAGUUCAACUACACCGUUAGUUAUCGGAAGGCGUGGUUGGCUAAGCAAAGGGCAGUAGAAAAAACAUUUGGAGGUUGGGAAGCAUCGUACGAAGCGUUGCCUAUAUGGGCAUUCAGACAUUGUAAGCCAGUUGUCCAGGUGGAUGGCACUCACUUGUACGAAAAGUAUAAGGGUUGUCUACUAGUGGCAGUUUCACAAGAUGGCAACAAUAAUAUCGUCCCAAUUGCGUUUGCUAUUGUGGAGGGAGAGACUUCUGAUGCAUGGCACUUUUUUCUUAGUAACCAGCGUCAACAUGUUGUCACUCGGGAUGUUGUGGAACGCAGUAACGAAGCUUGGUCACCUCCUAGAGCGUUUCAUAUGUUUUGCAUCAGGCAUAUAGAGUCAAAUUUUCUGAGGAAGUUCAAGGCACCAUAUCUGCAGAAACUGGUCGUCAACAUAGGAUAUUCGCGGACAGUGCGGGAGUACGAAGUGCGUUACCAGCAUUUACGGGAACAGGGCAAGGCGUAUACUGACUGGUUAAACCGAAUUCCUCGUGAACAGUACGCACUGCAUUUGAUGGUGGCUACCGAUGGGGUCACAUGA